CUCUGGAGCUGGACGGGCACGACGUGAAGAGCCUCUUCCGCCGCAGCCAGGCCCUCCGGGGCCUGGGCCGCCUCGACCGGGCCGCCUCGGACCUGCAGCGCUGUGUGCGCUUGGAGCCCAAGAACAAGGCCUUCCAGGAGGCUCUGCGCGACCUUGGCAGCAGCGCCCAGGAGAAGGUGAAAGUCAUGAGCUGUACUGACUCAAAAGUAGAAGCCAUGUUUAAGCUGCUGCUGGACAGUGAGGAAAAGGAUCAGGACAAGAAACAAAAGGCAGCUCAGAACCUGAUAGUUCUGGCUCGAGAGGAGCCUGGUGCCGAGAAAAUUUUCCAGAAUGAUGGAGUGUGCUUACUGCUGCAGCUCUUGGACACAGGCCGUUUGGAUAUGAUGAUAGCAGCCUUACGGACCUUCACUGGCCUCUGCCGUGGUCACUGUUCUCGAACAGUGGUGAUUCUGAGAGACCUGGGGCCUCAACGUCUCUUUGCUGUGCUAGAGCGGGAGGAUGAACAUCUUUCACUGGCUGCCUAUAACCUGUUGCAGGUCAUGUUUGAGACCCUCAGGCAGGGCCUGCAAAAAGAAGUGCUGCACAAAGACAACGUUUUGGCAUCAG